AUGAAGUUCUUCCAAAGGAAGUUAGCCGCCCUCCUGGCGCUUGCCUACUGCCUUAUACUCCCAGUAAUAGCCAGCGGAGAGGUCCAACCGAUUGGAAUCGAUUUUGGCCCUGAGAUCAUAACGGUCGCAUAUGCGCACACUUCUGAUAAUGUCUCGAUUGUCGCCAAGGUUAUCCCCAGACUGAAUGACACGUAUGCAAUUCAUAUGCGUCACCUUCGUCAAGAAGCCUACGUACAGAACAAUGUAGCGGCCAUGUAUGGUGAGAGAGAUGGGCUGAUUCCGCGGAUAACUGACGCCGUGGCGGCGGGACUAAAAGUGGCUAUCUCUAAGAUUCACGGUCUGGUGCCACUAUCGGUUCAAGAACGCAUUUCCGGGUCGGAACUUUUUCAAGCAGCGUCUGGAGCCAUGAAGACCACAUUUGGUGCCAUGAUGGGAUUUCUCGGACUAAACUACUCAUCUUCCGCGUCGGCAGCUCUAACAUUAGACGAUAUCAAGACAGAGUUCGUUUCUGUCCUCACCGAACUCAAAGCACAAGCACAGAAUAACCACAAUAUUGACAUCGAAUCCGCGACCGUCGUUAUCCCCCAGUUUUUUAACAGGACUCUUGCUGAUCUCGUGUGGACAGCAUGCUGGGAAGCUGAGAUCAGCCUCUCGCGCGGACCUCAGGACCGUACAGUCCUCGCUACGUUCAAUCAAAGCCAGGAGACCCAGGUCGACAACCCGGACAUACGAUACUUGGUACUCGACUUAGGGGAGUUUUACCUGGAUUCACGAACGUAUAAUACCGACAGGCGCGCCGGUAUGAGAGAGGGAUACCUCCCUAUGGAUCAAUGGGGCACUGAGUCCAUUGCUCGACAUUUGACCAGUAGGUUGGUCAAGAGCUCUGAAGCACUGAGGUUUCAGAUCUCCCUUGGAGCGCGGGAGAGUGAUCUUUUGGAGCCGGUCAAGCAGGCUCGUUUGAUGAUGCGGAACACAAGGAAUUCCGGGGCGAAGGGGCCUGGGGAAAAUGACGGAUAUCAUGACGAAUGGCCGCUUGACCUGACAGGCUGGAGGUAUCAGGAGUUUGAGGAGGUCAAGGCCGUUCUUACGUGGCAGGAUAUUGAAGUGGUCGAAAAGGCUUAUGUGGAUAGCCUGGUCGACAACAUCGUCGCUCAUCUGACUGCAUUGAGAGAAUACCACCUGGGUGAAACGCACAAGGAUGACGAAAUUCCACAGAGAAUCGAUAAGCUGGUUAUUUUGACUGCCGGUCACGAUGGUUACCUGGUCAAGAGGGCAGUCUGGCAAGCUCUUGGAGACCAGAUUGAUGUCAUUGGAGGGACAGUGCAUGAUUCUGGGCUUGCUGCCGUUGGAGCAGCCCGUUCUGCAUUGGAGGAGAUACAGAAGCAAGUAUGGACCAAGUACCAGGGAUGGAUACAACACGAUGAGAUAUGA